AGUGUGACGCCUGUUUAGUGGAGAGUCGGGGAGCGAUUACAGGAUGACACCAGCAGUUGGGGAGCGGUUAGAGUGUGACAAGAGUUGAGGGGCGUGGUUUGUUGGGUGGAGUACUGAGUAUUCAGAGGUUUGCAGACUAGCAGUGGACUUGACCGUCGUUUCGGUACCGGGAGGAACAGGUCUGCUGUGAUCCCGAUCUCAGCAAUGGGUUGUUGUGGGUGCGGUGACAACGAGAGGGGCCACUGCACAGGACCAGAGGGAGCUGCAGAAAGCUCUAAGCUCAGCCAGCUCCGCCAUGGCCACUAGCCUCCACAGCACUGAGGACACCUUCAAAAGAAGAUGCCUCAAAAAGGUGGCAUCCAUCAUUAAGAAUCCCUGUCGUGCAAGACAUGCCCUCUUAUUGCUACCGUCAAGAGGAGGACUCAGUUCGACAAUGGAAACCACUGAAACAGCGCAGCUGUACAGAUGUCUUGUGGCUGCUGAUAUUCAUAGUGUUUUGUGUUGGCAUGGCGAUCAUUUGUGGCUUUGCAAUAGCUUCUGGAGCUGCUCGGAGAUUGGUGUAUGGUUAUGAUAGUUAUGGAAAUAUUUGUGGUCAUACGAAUACAAAAAUCGAAGGUGUUGAAUUGAGUGGUCAUAAUCUUACAGACCAAAAAUAUGUCUUUUUCUUUGAACCAUGCAACUGGGAUUUGGCGAACAUGAAAGUCAAGUCAACAGCAUUAUGUGUUACUAGUUGUCCAGAUAUGGAUCUUAAUACACUUACGGAUGUUCGAAAUUUUGCAAAAAAUAAUGGAUCUCGCCUUUGCUUGUACAAUCUGGGUCUCGAUAAGUAUAUUCCAAAAAAUAAAAAGUUCUGCCCUGAACUUCCUGUUAGAGCAAGUAAACCUAUUCCAUUCUUCCAUCGUUGUGUCCCAAUGGAUGGUGGCUGCACAAUCAAUAUUCAGGCUCUGGUCACCUUCGUCUCUUACAAUAGUGUGUUGCAGAGAGUGAUUACUGGAGUAAUGACCAGCAAAGAAAUUAUAGUGGGACUUUGCUUAAUGUCUCUAGUACUGUCGAUUGUGUUAAUGGUAAUAAUCAGAUACAUCUCCAAAGUGCUAGUUUGGAUCAUUGCAAUUCUCACAAUUAUUGGUUCAAUUGGUGGCACAGCUGUCCUUUGGUAUUUCUAUGCUGAUCAGAAAAAAUCACUCCAAAAGGAGCAGCAUCAAAAUGAUGUGGGAGAAGAUAAUGUUAAAGCCUUAUUGGUGUCUGCCAUUGCUGCAACAGUUGUCACAGUUGUUUUACUGCUGUUAAUGCUAAUAAUGAGGAAGCGUGUGGCCCUUACAAUUGCCUUGUUCCACGUGGCGGGAAAAGUGUUCACUCACAUUCCACUUCUCAUCUUCCAAUCACUCUGGACCUUCAUUGCCUUGGCACUUUUUUGGGUCUAUUGGAUUGGAGUGCUCUUCUUGUUGGCCACAGCAGGCUAUCCUGAAAAGAAAGACUCAGAUUAUGUUGAAUUUAAAGUUUCUGGCCCUCUGCAGUACACUUGGAUUUAUCAUCUAGUUGGCCUCAUUUGGAUCAGUGAGUUCAUACUGGCCUGUCAACAGAUGACUAUUGCUGGAGCUGUAGUAACUUACUAUUUCACAAGAGACAAAAAUGACUUGCCUGCAAUGCCAAUCCUAUCUUCCAUGCGACGACUGAUUGUGUACCACCUGGGAACAGUAGCCAAGGGUUCCUUCAUCAUCACUUUAAUAAAAAUCCCACGAAUGAUCCUUGUGUACCUUCACAGCCAACUCAAAGGCAAGGAAAAUGCCUUUGCAAAGUGCUUGCUGAAAGCAUGUAUGUGCUGCCUAUGGUGUUUGGAAAAGUGCCUGCUCUAUCUCAACAGGAAUGCAUAUAUAGCAACAGCCAUAAAUGGUACCAGCUUUUGCACAUCUGCCAAGGAUGCCCUUGUGAUUCUGGUGGAGAACGCUAUGAGAGUGGCGGCAAUAAACACAGUUGGUGAUUUUGUUCUGUUACUGGGAAAGCUACUUAUAGUGUUAGUCACCGGUAUUACUGGGAUAAUACUUCUCAACUACCAGCGUGAUUAUACCGUGUGGGUCCUCCCACUCAUCAUCAUUUGCCUAUUCGCCUUCUUUGUGUCACACUGCUUCUUGUCCAUUUAUGAGAUGGUGGUGGAUGUCCUUUUUCUGUGCUUUGCUGUUGACUGCAAACACAAUGAUGGGAGUUCUGGUCGAGAGUAUUACAUGGACAAAAGUUUGAUGGAAUUCAUGGAUGAGAGUAAGAAAGCAAUGCGAUCUGUCUCUGGUAACAGAACUGAAAUGAAGUCCAUGGCCUCUGAAGCUGGUAGCGCUUGAUCUCAGGAUAUCUAAGGAGCACAGGCAAUACGUCACUUUUGUAUUUUUGUGUGCAUUCCUAUUAACCCUCAAAAGGCAAGAGCAUCUGAUGGUUCUUAAAUGUGUUUUGUUUUGAUAAAUUUUGUUUUUUUAAACUGGAGUGUUGCCAGUUUGUAUUAACAAAGAACCUAUUCAAAGCAAAACACUUUGGCUUAGGCUAUAUAACUGAAAAUGUACACUUAACAUUUAUGGGGGGAAUUGCAUAACCAUUUACUGUGCAAAUUUUGAAAUUGUGACCAUUUUUUGUAAAUCUAUAUUUUGCUCUGUAGAUAUCAUACACUCAUUUUGUAUGCAGAACCUGCAGAAUAUUUUAUAUGACAGCAGUGCUGUAGUACUUUUUAAAAUAGCAUAAUGGUAUUCAAAAUCUUUGCUCUUUGUUGCUUGCACAGUACAUUGCAAUCCUGUUGCAAUAUUCCUAAUGAAAUUGCUAUACUAAAAACUCAGGAUAAAACUGUCAGCUUUUUAGUAACUCUUUUUGUCAGGGAAACUGUCAGAACCUUGGGGUUUCCACAGGCACUAAAUGUAGCACAUGGGGAAGUUUUGCAAGUAGGAUGGAAAAUUGCUCACAAGGUGUAGACUUGAAACAUUACUCUGCUGGAGCAGGGUUCAUUCAACAAGAAGGUGAACACUAUAGAUAAGCAACCUCUUGUUUUUUUUUUAACUUUAACUGAAUUUUCUGACCACAGCUUAAUUUUCACAUUGGAAUUGCCACUUGGUAAAAGCAGUGAGACAGCUGGGGAAAUCUGGUAACCUGGGACAACUCAGUUGGCUGUCCUUGGAGGUGGAGUGGUAAUAUCCAGCAGUUGUUGAAAGCCACAGCCUUUUGAAUAAAACUGGGAACUAAUAGAGAUAUUAAGAUUAGGAGGCAGCUGUGGAGAGAGGGGUUAAAAACAUGCUAUUUACAUUAAAUGUUAUGUUUCACCUCAUCUCAAGUAUUUUGCUUUAUUCCUUUUUAAUUCCCUGAAAUAAUGUAGAAAAGUCACAAAGAAGAGACCAAGUUGAUACAACCGCCAUAACCGUGCUCUGAACUAUUAGUACCUUCAGUCCUAGUUUCUCAAUAGUGUGCAUAUGGUAUAACUCUGUUGAUUAGUCAGUCCAGGGCUCUAGAGUUUAAUGGAUUAGUAGAGACAGAAUCUGCAUAGCUUGCUUGUGCAGAGCCCCUUCCCUGUCUGUGUUUAGAGUUCAGUUAUUUUUUUACCACCACCUUAAUAUGUUUAAUCUUUUAAACCUUUAGCCACGAUGGCUGAUGGAAAAUCCAUGAGGUCAUGUGCAGCAGAAGCAUUUCUAUUCUCUGUUUGGUCCAGUCCUCCUCUCUGACCCUAUUAAUUUACCCCUCCAGCUAGACUUCCUGUUUUUGUCUUCAAGGUAUCAAUAGUUAGUCUCUCCAGUGCUUUGCCUGUUUUUUAUUUAUUCUUGUAUCAAGCAUCUUACAGUUGUAGUCAAAUAAUAUGGCACAGUGGAGUUAUCAGCUUAGUGAAAUUAAGGAUGGCUUUAUUAUAUCGGUAACUUCGGUCCUACUAGAAUUGUACUGUAAUAUAAUCAUUAGAAAACCAAUAACUGCAGUUAAUAUGGUGAAGGGUAAUCAUGUAAAUGUUUUAUUAAAUACAAGUAUUGAUGGCAUAUUUCCUCUCUAUAGAGGAAAGCAAAACUGGAGGCCAUUAUUGUAAGAUAGAAAUCUGAAAGGGAAUCCAAAAGAGGCUUCAAGCAUGUGAGAAUGUAGACUCAUUCCCACUGGGCGAGAUUAAGGUGUUUAAUUCAUAUAUUUAUGGGGAAUCUGGUCAGGCAUAAGAGGGGAAAAGGGACUAGACACCACACUGAUAGAUACAGAAAAAUAGGAAGAGGCUUGAGUGAAGUUUUAAUUUUUGGGCCUCAUAGCCUACUUCCAUACUAUAUAUCCUAUGUUAUAAAUUGUAUUAGGGACAGUAUGAAACUUGAAUUGCUUUUUAUUAAUUUGUUUGACAUUCUAGCAUUGUGCUGUAAAGACCUUUUUUUUACAUAAAGCUUGUAACAACUGCUACAGUUUAUGAAUGCAUUUCCAAUGUGACUUGAUAAUAUUUGAACUAAUGUUUCACACCAGUCUUGAUUUCCAGUUGUAUUACUGGGCUUUGGUGUCAAUUGUUGCCAAAGUAAACCAGUGAUUGUUGCAGCACUUCUGAAGCAAAUUAAAACUGUAGUAUUCAUCCAUCUUUUGUGAAAUCAGGUGCACAGUCAUUUCCUAAUUAGUGUACCCUUGAAUACAAUUGGGAUUUAUUUCACUGAUGAUUGAAAUUUUCAGUUUAAAGGAAUCUUCAAGAUGACAUUUUAAGGGACCAAACUAAAUUAAUUUUCAUGCAAAUUUUUAAAGUUUUUUAACAUGUUGACUUUUCAUGUUUCAUAUGACUGUCUUGUGUCAAAUGAUGAUAUCUGUGGAAGGUAAAAAUUUGGUGCUUGAUGAACACUUGGAUCCAGUGAAAUAUAUUGGCAUUCAGUAUGCUAUCUGGUCUAUUUUCAUUGGCAAUUCCGGUUGUAAAUGAUACGAGCUUGAAAUGUAGUUUUCCAAGUCGGUUGUUUUUAAAUGUCUGGAAUAUGCUAUUGACCAAAUCGUUGGAGAUUGCUCAGGGUGAAUGUUUUCUUCAAUGUGCCAUUGGCAAAUUUUACAGAGAAUUUUGUGUAACAUAUUAUUUUUGUGUUACCUGUCAUUGGCAAAGUACCACACUAACUUUUUUUUAAUAUUAUGUAGUUUAAAUUCCUGAUGUAUCAUUUUUUAAUAUUUGUAUAUUAAAAUUUUAAUUAAACAUGGC